AUGUCAAACGCAAGUUCAACUCCUACACCAACCUCUGCACAAACUGUGGAUAUUUCAACAAAUGCCAAUCUCCUACUUCCACCACUGAAUAACUUAAAAAGAAAAGCUGCAGCUCGGUCUAAUGUGUGGGAACAUUUUGAUAAGUUAAAGAAGGAAGAAGGUACAAAUGAUGAUGAACCUAGGUGCAUAUGUAAGUAUUGUGAGCAAGAUUACGGAUGUGACUCCCGUAAUGGUACUUCUUCCUUAUGGUAUCAUUUAAAGACUAAAUGUAGGACAUCUCCACUUAGAGAUGUCAAAAGUCAAAAACUCUUAUCGUUUGUCAAGGAGGAUAAGGGUAGUAUAGUGAGUUGGUCCUUUAGUAAGGAGAGAUCUAGACUUGCAUGUGCCCAGAUGAUUAUUCGUGAUGAGCUUCCAUUUAGCCAUGUAGAGAAUGUGGGGUUUAGAGAUUUAAUGCAAGAAGUCCAACCAUAG